CAGGAUACUUAAGAUUGUACACGAGUAUAAAGAAAGAAACACAUUUGGUUUGGAUCAGUCCUGUUCUUCUAUAGAAAAACAAUUGGAAUCCAAAUAUACACCAGAAUGAACCACUACUUCUUGAAAUACUGGAUGUUAAUGAUUCCUCUCCUAUGGCCUUGCCUUAAAGUUGCAGAAACCUUGAAAAUUGAGAAGGCACAGAGAGCAGUACCAUCUCUUGGGAGAGCUAAGCGUGGCUGGGUGUGGAACCAAUUUGUUGUACCAGAGGAAAUGGAUACUAUACAGCAUGUUGGACGGCUAAGAUCUGACUUAGACAAUGGAAACAACUCUUUCCAGUACAAACUACUGGGAACUGGUGAUGGAAGCUUUAGUAUUGAUGAAAAAACAGGUGACAUAUAUGCCAUGCAGAAGCUUGAUAGAGAGAAACAAUCCCUCUACAUUCUGCGGGCCCAGGUAAUAGAUACCACUAUUGGGAAGGCUGUGGAACCUGAGUCCGAGUUUGUCAUCAGAGUUUCGGAUGUCAAUGACAAUGAACCCAGAUUCCUAGAUGAACCUUAUGAGGCUGUUGUACCGGAGAUGUCUCCAGAAGGAACAUUUGUCAUAAAGGUAACAGCCAAUGAUGCAGAUGAUCCUACAAGUGGCUAUCAUGCUCGCAUCCUAUACAACUUAGAACGAGGUCAACCAUACUUUUCUGUUGAACCAACAACAGGAGUCAUAAGAAUAUCUUCUAAAAUGGAUAGAGAGUUGCAAGAUACAUACUGUGUAAUUAUUCAAGCCAAGGACAUGCUUGGUCAGCCUGGAGCCCUAUCUGGAACAACGACCAUAUCAAUUAAGCUGUCAGAUAUUAAUGACAACAAGCCAAUAUUCAAAGAAAGUUUCUACCGCUUCACUAUAUCUGAAUCUGCACCCAGUGGAACAUCUAUAGGCAAAAUUAUGGCAUAUGAUGAUGACAUAGGAGAGAAUGCAGAGAUGGCGUAUAGCAUUGAAGAUGAUGAGUCACAAACAUUUGACAUAAUUAUUGACAAUGAGACCCAAGAAGGGAUAGUUAUACUAAAAAAGAAAGUUGAUUUUGAGCAUCAGAACCACUAUGGCAUUAGAGUAAAAGUUAAAAACUGCCAUGUUGAUGAAGAGCUUGCACCUGCUCAUGUUAAUGCCUCCACAACCUACAUUAAAGUUCAAGUAGAAGAUGAAGAUGAACCUCCCAUUUUCCUCUUACCAUAUUACAUAUUUGAAAUUCCUGAAGGAAAACCAUAUGGAACAAUGGUAGGAACAGUUUCUGCCGUAGACCCAGAUCGAAGACAAUCUCCUAUGCGAUACUCUCUCACUGGAAGCAAAAUGUUUGAUAUCAAUGGCAAUGGAACAAUAGUUACCACUAACCUACUUGACAGAGAGGUCAGUGCUUGGUACAACUUGAGUGUCACAGCUACUGAAACCUACAAUGUACAACAGAUCUCUUCGGCUCAUGUUUAUGUCCAAGUUUUAAACAUUAACGACCAUGCUCCUGAGUUCUCUCAAUUGUAUGAAACUUACGUUUGUGAAAAUGCUGAAUCCGGUGAGAUAAUUCAGACCAUCAGUGCAAUCGAUAGAGAUGAGUCCAUAGAAGAUCAUCAUUUUUACUUUAAUCAUUCUGUGGAAGACACAAACAACUCAAGUUUUAUUCUAACAGACAAUCAAGAUAACACAGCUGUAAUUCUGAGUAAUAGAGCCGGUUUUAGCCUUAAAGAGGAGACUGUUUUCUACAUGAUCAUCUUGAUUGUUGAUAAUGGAAUUCCACCUCUUACAAGCACCAAUACUCUCACUAUACAAGUCUGUGACUGUGGAGACAGUAGAAGCACAGAGACUUGUACUAGUAAGGAACUUCUCUUUAUCAUGGGAUUCAAAGCAGAAGCAAUAAUUGCCAUCGUGAUAUGUGUUAUGGUAAUAUUUGGUUUUAUCUUUUUGAUACUUGCUCUGAAACAGCGAAGAAAGGAGACCCUAUUUCCAGAGAAAACUGAAGAUUUUAGAGAGAAUAUAUUUUGCUAUGAUGAUGAAGGCGGCGGGGAAGAAGACUCUGAAGCCUUUGAUAUCAUAGAGCUGAGACAGAGUACAGUAAUGAGAGAAAGAAAACCACGGAGGAGCAAGAGCGCAGAGAUCAGGAGCCUGUACAGGCAGUCCCUGCAGGUGGGCCCAGACAGCGCCAUAUUUCGAAAAUUUAUCCUAGAGAAGCUUGAAGAAGCAAACACAGAUUCAAGUGCUCCCCCCUUUGACUCACUACAGACAUUUGCUUAUGAGGGGACUGGGUCAUCAGCUGGCUCUCUGAGCUCCUUGGGUUCCAGUGUCACUGAUCAGGAAGAUGACUUUGACUAUCUUAAUGACCUGGGGCCUUGUUUUAAAAGAUUAGCAAACAUGUUUGGUUCUGCAGUGCAACCCGACAAUUAAGGUUUUCCUAUAUCAGCAUGCAAUAAGUAUUAAGGCAUGUUUACACGA